CAUCGUGGAGCUUCUAUCUGUCACGAGUAUUUCCGAAUCGAAGAUUUGUUAGUGACAGAAAUACUAACGAGUCAAGGGCACAGAAACCGGAACUUAACGAAAAAUCUCAAAAUGCAUUCCUCGGUUUACGCGGGAUCGUAAAGGCAAUCGUCAAAAAUUCGAAUGCCAGUGAAGAGGUGAUGAGAACUGCUAGACUUUUCGCAAAUAUUGACGUAUCGAUGAAAUCUACCCAACAGUCAUUAGAGAAAUUAACAUCAGGAAUUACACAACUUCAAGAAAGAAACGUGCAAAUACUUAAUAGUUUGUACGUGAUUCCUCAAAUUUCUGAUAACUUGAAAGUUGAUGAGUUGAUAAAAACCUCAUCUAAUGAUGCCUAA